AUGGUUGUUGAGCUAUUCGACGAAAAAGACAGAUGCCCAAAAAGCCAUUCGAUUUGUGUCGAACAAUGGAUGGCUGCCAAACUUUUCGUACUCAAUAUGCCCGCAAACAUCGACUCGAAUUCAUUCCGUGAAAAGCAAUCUUUGGCAUCCAAUGUCACAACGAUAAAAGGUCCGCCUGGUGACCACAUUUUGUUGUAUUCGCCAUUUGAUAUGACCCAUCCGGCUUCGCUCGUAUUUCUGUCGUCGCUUUUGAUUGUUGAUGGAUUUACAAGG